AUGUGGCUUGACCGGCUCGCUGGCCAGGCCAGCGGCUCUGGCUCAUCUACGCCCCAAUCUGUCUCUCGGUCAUAUUCGCCACUGCCGCGACGAACGUCAAGUAAUCUCAGUCCAUAUGUAACGUCACAGCGUCAGGGCCAAUCACCCAGGGGCUCCUCGCUAUCACUCGUGUCUUCCGAGUCCACCGCCUCGCUACUAGCCUCGUCGCGCCGACCCAACGGAUCAGGCCUGAAGCAGUCCUCAGCGCCCGCCGCACAUCCCACGAGCUCUAUAGAGACGUUGGAGAAGCUUCUUAGGAAGACACCGAGCUCCGCUCCGACUGCCGAUUCUGACAUUCUCGACUCCGAUUUCGACCUCGACUUCGACUUUGCUGGCUUGUCGCUGAAAGAGCUCGCGGCGUCGCAAGAUGACGUGGAUGCGCUAUCUAUAACACCAAAACCCCAAAAGCCCUCUGAUUCCCAGGCUAACAUGAGUACAGAUGACAGCGACCAAGCCAAGUUUGAGGACCUGCACCGUUCCAUCAAUGCCUGCGAUGAUAUACUCAACUCCGUCGAGACGAACCUCACAAGCUUCCGCAACGACUUAGCCUCUGUGGCGACAGACAUCGAAUCUCUACAAGACCGGUCGGCCGCGCUGAAUAAGAGGCUCGAGAACCGAAAAGAGAUAGAGAAGGCUCUGAGUCCCCUGGUCGAGGAGCUUAGCGUGUCGCCCGAAAUCAUCACAAAGAUCACCACAGGUCAUAUCGACGAGACCUGGCCAAAGCUUCUCACAGAACUUGAUCGACGGGCUAGCGUGCAUCAGAAGAAGAUCAAAGAAGCUCAAAGCAAAGCAACCUCUGACCUUGGUCCGCUGUUGGAGAAGUUAAUACAAAAGGCUGUUGAGCGUAUUCGAGACGUCAUCGUUGCGCAGAUCAAGGCUUUGCGUUCACCCAAUAUUAAUGCCCAAAUUAUUCAACAACAGAAUUUCCUCAAAUUCAAGGAUCUCUACACGUUCUUGCACAAGCAUCAUUCACAGCUUGCCGAGGAAAUUGCACUCGCAUACAUGAAUACCAUGCGCUGGUACUAUCUGACACAAUUUACACGAUAUGAGAAGUCACUGGGGAAAAUUAAGCUCCACGUCCUCGACAAGAACGAUACGCUGAACCAUGAAGAAACGACGCGCAUGGCCAGCGUAUUGUCAACUGCGCGAAUGACCGGACCUCCACAUGAUGCCUUCAAUAUUGGGCGUCGUAUCGACAUCGUGAGAGCAAGCGAGCAACCCGCACUCUCUUCCUUCCUUGCUGAAGAAGACAAAGCCACGCACUACCUUGAAGUGCCAUUUCGUAGCUUCAAUCUUGCGCUGAUAGACAAUGCGGCAGCGGAGUACACGUUCCUCGCCACGUAUUUUUCGCCCUCAUUGUCGUUCUCCCACAUUUCGAAGAAUUUUAACUACAUUUUCGAGCCUACUUUCGAACUCGGAAAAAGUUUGUCCAAGGCACUUAUCAGCGACACCUAUGAUGCGCUGGGCAUUCUCAUCUGCAUUCGACUGAACCAGCAUUUUGCGUUUGAGCUGCAGCGUCGCCGAGUACCAGCUGUGGACAGCUACGUCAAUGCCACAAAUAUGCUGCUGUGGCCGCGUUUGCAGGUCAUCAUGGAUCGCCACUGCGAAUCUGUUCGGCAACUCACCAACGCGACACCGGCCAAGGCGAGCAAAUCGACGGCCGAGCAGGCCAAGGUCUCUGCGGCACCGCACCAGGUGACCCAGCGCUUCGGGCAGCUACUGCACGGGAUCCUGUCCCUGAGUGUGGACGCGGGCGACGACGAGCCCGUGGCGGCCGGCCUGCAACGGCUGCGCACCGAUCUCGAGGCGUUCCUGACGCGCUUCGGCCACUCCUUUGGCUCGGACAAGCGCAAGACGGCGCGCUUCAUGUACAACAACUACUCGCUGAUCCUGACCAUUAUUAGUGAUACGACGGGGAAGUUGGCUGACGAGCAGCAACGGCACUUUGAGGAGCUCAAGACGGCCUACCAAGACGGGGAUUAA